CUGUUCCGCAAACACACUCUCGAAUCUGUUCGCUGUCAGUGAGUGCGCCGACGGUUUUGUGUCUCACACAGUCACUCAGCAGUACCCAAAGGCGUCGUUUACUUUCCUCUCUCUUCGGCUACAGUCCCCUCUCUCUCUCUCUCUCUCUCUCUAAUGGCCUCCGAUUCCGCAAUCAUUGCGUGGGGCUCUGGGGAAGAUGGGCAAUUGGGAAUCGGCAACAAUGAAGAGAAAGAAUGGGUCUGCGUUGUCAGAGCUCUCGAGUCCCACAAGGUCCGCUCGGUCGUUGCUGGUAGCAGGAACUCUUUAGCCAUAUGCGAAGACGGCAAGUUAUUUACAUGGGGGUGGAACCAAAGAGGAACACUUGGGCACCCUCCUGAAACCAAAACUGAAAAUAUUCCCAGCCAGGUUAAAGCACUUGCCAAUGUUAAAAUUGUUCAGGCGGCGAUUGGCGGGUGGCACUGUCUGGCUGUUGAUGAUCAAGGCCGAGCUUACGCCUGGGGUGGAAAUGAAUAUGGGCAAUGUGGUGAAGAACCUGAGAGGAAGGAUGACACUGGUAGACCUUUGAGGAGAGAUAUAGUGAACCCUCAGCGUUGUGCCCCUAAACUUGUUGUUCGUCAGGUAGCUGCAGGAGGAACUCACUCUGUUGUGCUUACAAAAGAUGGGCAUGUUUGGACCUGGGGUCAGCCUUGGCCUCCUGGUGACAUAAAACAGAUAUCUGUUCCUGUUCGUGUGCAAGGUCUUGAAAAUGUUAGGCUCAUUGCUGUAGGGGCAUUUCAUAAUUUGGCCCUUCAAGAGGGUGGCACUUUAUGGGCUUGGGGUAACAAUGAAUAUGGACAACUUGGUACUGGUGAUACCCAACCAAGAUCACAACCUAUUCCUGUCCAAGGGCUUUCUGGACUUACUCUGAUAGAUAUUGCAGCUGGUGGAUGGCAUUCAACUGCAUUGACAGAUGAAGGAGAGGUAUAUGGCUGGGGAAGGGGGGAGCAUGGGAGGCUUGGAUUUGGUGAUAAUGACAAGAGCAGUAAAAUGGUACCCCAAAAGGUUCAGCUUUUGGCUGGAGAAGAUGUUGUACAGGUUUCCUGUGGAGGUACUCAUUCAGUUGCUCUAACCCGGGAUGGGCGAAUAUUUUCUUUUGGUCGCGGUGACCAUGGCCGGCUUGGUUAUGGGAGGAAAGUUACUACUGGUCAGCCAAUGGAGGUACCCAUUGACAUUCCACCUCCAAAUUAUCCAAGUGAAAAUUCAGCUGAUGGACGGUGGAUAGCCAAACUCGUUGCUUGUGGUGGUCGUCAUACUUUGGCAAUAGUAGAAUGGAAACCAGACAAAUCUGCUGACUGACUGAAAUAGAAACUACGCUCCAAAAUAUCCUGUGCUUGAAGUUGAAUAUGUUUCUGGUUAAUCUGAACAGAUUGUUGAUCAAAAUAGGAAGCAAAACUGGAUGGACCUUGACAUGUGAUAAUAAAUAGCAUGCUUGCCUUUUC